GUGCAGGUAUUGUUGAGGGUCAAUUUUUACGAAUUAGUACUACAGCAGCCGCAAUAUGGCAACAAAUGAUGAAAAUCAGUAGUGUUAUUACAAUAUUAAAACAAAACAGACAUAUUAAACGAACAGCAGGCCAGAUUUUAGUAGCACAAUUACGUGAUUAUCAUGUUAGAAAAGCACCCUAUAAUGCAUUAUAUACGGUCAAUGUUGAUAAUCCUAAAACAUGGUGGGAAACUUGUGAAUCAAAAUUUCCAUAUUUGCAAUUAUUAGCUAUAAAAUUGUUUUCUGUUUCACCACACGCAGCUAGCUGUGAACGUAUCUGGUCAACUUGUGGCUGGAUUUAUGGACAACGGCGUGUAAAUCUUUCAGUUGAAAAUAUAGAUGCAAUUGCUCAAGUUCGUUCAAAUUAUAUUGCAAACAAUAAGUUUGAAUUACCACGUUAUAGUGAGAACAAAUCAGCUGAAGACAUUAGAAAGAUACUAUAUAAUGCAGAUCUCUAUGAAGAGACUGACACGGUUAACUUUGAACAAGCUAUAUUAAAUGCUAAUAUUAAUCAAUCUAGUGUUGAUGACGAUAACAAUGUAAUUUCUCAAAUGCAUGUUGAUUUAGAGCCAGGAUCAAGCGACUGGUUAGAAGAAUUUAAUCAAGAAGAUUAUGAUCCAGCUGAAUUAGGAGAAAUGUUUUUGAACAAUUAG